AUGGAGGCUGAAGAUCUCUCAAAGGCCGAGGACAGACCUGAAGAUCCAGGUUUCCAAAAUGAAGGCCAGUCCCCUGCUAUGAAGCCUGAUUUCCCACUAGAAGGACAGUGUCCUGGCCCCACUGCCCUCUGGGACACACUUGAAAAGAAAUUUCUGGAAUACCAGCAGCUGACGCACAAGAACCCAGAAGAACGUCGAAAGAACCUGCUGAGCCUGCUCCCCUUGUUCCUAAAGGCCUGGGAACACUCCGUGGGCAUCAUCUGCUUUCGUAGUCUCCAGAGGCUGGCAGAAGAUGUGUCCGACCAACUCGCCCAAGAAAUACAGCAGGCACUUGCGGGAAAGCCUGCAGAGCAAGCCAGGGCUGCAGUUGGACAGCUACUGAGGUGGAAGGGGGACGUGGAUCAGGAUGGCUACCUGCUUCUAAAGUCGGUGUAUGUGCUCACGGGGACCGACUCGGAGACGCUGGGCAGAGUGGUUGGGUCAGGGCUCCCAGCCUUGCUCCUGCAGUGCCUGUACCUCUUCUUUGCUUUUCCUGUGGAGAAGGAUGAGCUCUUAGAGUAUGAUGUUCAAGGGCAGAGGAUGUUUGUGCAGAUGUUGUUAAACAUUUGCAGCGAGUCGCAGGGUCUGGAGGGACUUCUCUCAGGAAGCGAGCUCCAGUCUCUGCUGAUUGCUACCACCUGUCUGCGGGAACACAGCUGCUACUUCUGGAAGGAGCCCACCUUCUGUGUGCUGAGGGCGAUCUCCAAGGCUCAGAGCCCGAGCGUCAUCCAGUAUCUGCGAACUGCUGACUGUGUCAGGCUCUCAGUUCAGAACCUCUCCAAGUUGGCUGACACGCUCCCCGCACCAGAGGUGAGCCAGGCAGUGAGCCUCAUCCUGAAUUUCGUGAAAGACUCCUACCCCAUCUCCUCUGCGCUGCUCCUGGAGUUUGAGAACGGGGAGGGCUACCCUCUGCUACUCAAGGUACUGUUGCGGUAUGACGGGCUGACCCAGGGUGACGUGGAACCCCAUCUCGAGGAGCUGCUGGAGCUUGUGAUGUGGCUGACCACCUGUGGGCGCUCAGAACUGAAGGUGUUUGACAGUGUCACUUAUCCCCAGCUUGAAGGCUUCAAGUUCCAUCAAGAGGCUUCUGGGGUGACCGUGAAGAAUCUCCAGGCUUUCCAGGUGCUGCAGAAUGUUUUCCACAGAGCCAGCGACUCUGUCCUUUGCACCAAAGUGCUGUUGGCCAUCAAGACCAUGUGGGCCUGGAACCCUAGGAAUUUCUUCCUGCUGGAGUGGACCCUGCAGCCCAUCUCACAGUUUGUGGAGCUUGUGCCCCUGAAGCCACCCCCGGUGCAGGUGCACUUUUUCCAGUUGCUGGAGACUCUGGUGUUCAAGCUUCUCUACGUGCCCCACGAGAUCCUGGCUAAAGUGCAGCAUCUGAUCAAGGAGAGCCCUGAGCAGCCCUGCACCCUUGUGGCUCUGCAGAGCAUCCUCAGGAUCACGGCCAGUGACCAGCUUUUCACAGACAUCUUCCGGGACUCAGGCCUGCUAGGCCUGCUGCUGGCCCAGCUCCGGAAGCAGGCCAAGAUCAUGAGGAAGUCAGGAAGCAAAGUGCCCAGUCCUGGUGUGCAAGAUCCAGAGAGGGAACUCACCUGUGUGAUGCUGAACACUGUGGUCGCACUUCUGCAAGGCUCUGUUCGCAAUGCAGUUGUCCUGAAAGAUCAUGGCAUGGUGCCCUUCAUCAAGAUCUUCCUGGAUGACGAGUCCUACCGAGGGGCCUCACUCAGCAUCUUGGAGCAGCUCUCAGUCAUCAACGCAGAGGAGUACAUGAGCAUCAUUGUGGGUGCUUUGUGUUCCUCCACUCAGGGGGAGCUGCAGCUGAAGCUGGAUCUCCUCAAGUCUCUGCUCCGGAUCCUGGAGACCCCCAAGGGCCACGCUGCAUUCCGAGUCUCCAGUGGGUUCAACGGACUGCUGUCCCUGCUUUCUGACCUGGAGGGGUCCCUCCAAGUGCCUGUAGUGCCAACAUGGGGUUCUGUGUCCCUCAGCCAGACCCUGGAGCUGGUGUUGCAUACUCUUUGUGUGGUGUCUGCUGCACUGCACUUGGACCCUGUCAACGGGCACUUCUUCAGGACCAAUGGGCUCUUUGAGAAACUGGCCGAGGACCUCUGUCUGCUGGGCUGUUUUGGAGCUCCAGAGGAGGAGGGUGCCCAGUGGCUCUCCUCAUCUGACACGAAGGCCAGACCCUUUGGGGACUUGCUGAGCUGUGCCUUUUCCUCCAGCUGUCCGUUCCCACCCAGGUUGCAGAGCUGCCUACAGAUCCUGAGCUUCCUAGACAGCAUGGCCAGUGGCACCCUCCACCUCCGCAGGGACCUGAUGGAGCUGGCCAGGGCUGGGCAGGAGCCUUCUGUGGAUGCUCAAAAGGGAGAUGCCAGUGGCCGUCAAGGCAAACUCAAGCAGUGGCCAGACCUGGAGGAGAGGAUGGACGAGGGUGACGUCACGAUCAUGCAUCCUGGGAUCAUAUGCAUCAUGGUGAGACUGCUGCCUCGCCUGUACCUUGACGACCACCCACAGCUUUCUGAGGAGGUCCAGUGCUCUAUGGCCAGUCACCUCCUAUCCCUGGUGAAAUCAGAGAAGAAUCGCCAGGUCAUGUGCGAGGCAGGGAUGCUCCGAACACUUAUGACCUUUUGCCGCAGAACCCUCAGCACGGGUGGCAGUGCCCUGCACUCGCUUCUCAUCAGGAUCUUUGAAAAGCUUGGCUCCCAAGCCAUCGAGCCAGACGUGCUAAGGCAGUUCCUAGGCCUUGGCAUUCACUCACCCCAGCCAGCUGCCUGGAGAAGCCUCCGUUCGUCUCCUGAGCAUGAAGACAACCCUAGGAACUCAGGGUCAUGUGCCGAUUCAGCUGACAAACCUACAGAUGCCAGCCCAUGCCCUGGAGGGUCUCAGGACCUGUGGACCUCCCAAGAUUCAGCCACAGCCCUCCAGACAACAUUGAGCCUCAUUUCCAUGACCUCCCCUCGCAAUCUGCAGCCUCAGAGGGCAGCUCUGACUCCAUCCUUCGUGGAAUUCGACAUGUCUGUGGAAGGUUAUGGAUGCCUCUUUAUUCCAACCUUGUCUACGGUCAUGGGGUCCAGCACAGAGCAUUCCAUCUCUGGAGGGACUGGAUCAGGCACCCCUAGGUCGUUCCCUCCACCAGGAGGACUCACCUUCUCCUGCUGGUUUCUCAUCAGCCGGCAGGCCACUGUCAUGGAGGGCCACCCACUGCGCUUCCUGACCUUGGUGCGCCACCUGGCCAGGACUGAGCAGCCCUUUAUCUGCUUCUCUGUCAGCCUCUGCAUGGAUGACCUCUCCCUGGUUGUGUCCACAGAAGAGAAAGAGUUUCAGCCCCUGGAUGUCAUGGAGCCUGAAGAUGAGGCCGAGCCCUCUGCAGGGCGCCAGCUACAGGUCAGGUGCAGCCAGCUGCUGACUUGUGGCCAGUGGUAUCACCUGGCUGUGGUGGUCAGCAAAGAAAUGAAGAGGAAUUGCACUGUGACCACGUAUCUUGAUGGACAAGCUAUUGGUUCAGCCAAGAUGCUGUAUGUCCAGGCCUUACCAGGGACUUUCCUUUCAAUGGACCCAUCUUCAUUUGUGGAUGUUUAUGGCUAUAUUGGGACCCCUAGAAUUUGGAAACAGAAGUCAUCACUAAUCUGGCGUCUUGGCCCCUCAUACCUCUUUGAAGAAGACAUAUCAAUGGAUGCGUUAGCCCUUAUUAUCAAACUUGGCCCGAGGUACUGUGGCAACUUUCAGGCUGUGCACCUUCAAGGAGAAGGCUCGGAUGGUGAAGCCACACCCCUCAUUGCGGAGGAAAAGGUUUCCUUUGGCCUUCAUGUGUCCAGCUCUUCUAUCACCAGCAUAAUGAACAUCAGAAACACCUACAACGAGGUGGACAGCCGCCUAAUCGCCAAGGAGAUGAAUAUUGCUUCCCGUGACAAUGCCACGCCUGUGUUCUUGCUGAGAAACUGUGCUGGCCACCUCUCAGGGUCUCUUCGGACUCUCGGUGCUGUUGCCGUGGGCCACUUAGGGGUAAGGGUGUUCCACUCCAGCCCUGCCGCCAGCAGCCUGGACUACAUUGGAGGACCUGCCAUCCUCUUAGGGCUCAUCUCCCUGGCAACAGAUGAUCACACCAUGUAUGCAGCCAUGAAAGUCCUGCACUCGGUUCUGACCAGUAACGCCAUGUGUGACUACCUGAUGCAGCACAUCUGUGGGUACCAGAUCUUAGCCUUUCUCCUGAGGAAGAAGACAGCCUUCCUAAACCACCGCAUCUUCCAGCUGAUCCUCUCAGUGGCUGGCACUGCAGAGCUGGGCUUCCGACCGUCUGCUGUCACUAACACGUGUGUCUUCCAGCAUGUGCUCUGCAAUUUUGAGCUCUGGACAAACACUGCGGAUAACCUGGAGCUUGCUCUCUUUUCCCACCUCCUGGAGAUCCUUCAGUCACCAAGGGAAGGACCCAGGAAUGCUGAAGUAGCCCACCAGGCACAGCUGGUACCCAAGCUCAUAUUCCUCUUCAAUGAACCAAGCCUGGCCCUGUCCAAGGUCUCCACCAUCAUCGCCAUUCUGGGCUGUCAACUGAAGGGCCACUUUAACAUCCAGGACUUACUCAGGGUCGGACUGUUUGUCGUAUACACCCUCAAACCUUCGUCAGUGAAUGAGAGGCAGAGCUGCCCGGAUGGAGGAGCCCAGGACCCCUCCGCACCUGCUGGAAGCCAAACAUCUGGAAAGGCAAUCUGGCUUAGAAACCAGUUGCUGGAGAUGCUGUUUGGUGUAAUAUCUUCCCCCCAACUUCAUCUGUCCUCUGAGACAAAGGAACAGGUGUUUCUGAACCUGGGACCCGACUGGUUCCUGCUGCUCCUACAGGGUCACCUGCAUCCCAGCACCACCACGCUGGCAUUGAAGCUGCUGCUGUACUUUCUGUCGAACCCUUCUCUCCGUGGGCGAUUUAGAGAUGGCCUGUCUGCUGGGUGCUGGGUGGAGUGCAGCAUGGAGGGUGUGGACAUUGUGAUGGACAACCUGAAGAGCCGCCCUGCAGUGCCUGACCAGAGCCCCUGCCUGCUUCCUGGGUUCCAGGUCUUGAAUGACUUUCUGGCCUACCAUGUCCUUAUUCCGGAAAUGUACCUCAUUGUGUCCUCCUUCUUCCUCCAGACACCACUCACAGAGCUGACUGAUGGACCCAGAGAGAGCUUAGACUCAAUGCUUCAGUGGCUUCUACAGAAAUAUCACCAGCAAGAAGUCCUCCAGGCGGGGCUGUGCACAGAAGGUGCCCUGUUGCUACUGGGAAUGAUAAAAGCCAUCAUGAGCCAGCCCCCUGCAGGUUCAGGAGAUAGUGCCUGGGAGCGAACCUUCCCCAGGAGUAUUCUUCAGUUUCUCGGCCUGGUGCAACGCUCCUACCCCCAGGACCCAGCAUGGAGGACCCCUGACUUCCUUCAGACCUUGGCCAUCAUCACCUUCCCCCUGGAAGCCCAGAAGGAGCCAGUAUCUGAGCCCUCUGGAAACACCGGCAGUCCUGGGACCUCCCCUGAAUCCACCAGUACUGCAGAGGCGUUCCAGGAUUCUUUCAAGUCACAUCCAGCUCGAAGGCAGCUGAGAGAGUUCAUGCAAAUCCUCCUCAGGGAGCUGCUGCUUGGAGUGUCCAGCCCCAAGCAAUGGUUGCCCUUGGAGGUACUCCUGGAGGCUUCUCCGGAUGGUGUCACCAGUCAGCAGAAGAGGGACUUCCAGUCUGAGGUCCUACUUUGUGCCAUGGACAUAGUCUACGUCACAAGACAGGGUAGCAUGCCGACCCUAAGAGGGAGUACAGAGUCUCAGGCAAACCCAGAAGCUGCAGCUGUUCCUUCCCUUGCAAGUAUUUCCCACUUCACCCAGAAGCUGGUGGAGAAGCUGUACAGCGGGAUGUUCUCCGCAGAUCCCAGGCACAUCCUCCUCUUCAUCAUAGAGCACAUCGUGGUGGUCAUUGAGAGCCCGUCUUCCCAAAGGGAUACUGUCGUGAGUGCUUUAUACAGCAGUUUGAAUAAAGUCAUCCUGCACUGCCUCUCCAAGCCCCAGCAGUCCCUGUCUGAGUGUCUUGGCCUCCUCAGGAUCCUGGACUUCCUACAGGAGCACUGGGACAUUAUCUUUGCCACUUACAAUUCCAAUGUCAGCUUCCUCCUGUGCCUCAUGCAUUGUCUUUUGCUGCUGAAUACCAGGAGUUAUCCGGAAGGAUUUGGAUUGGAGCCCAAGCCCAGAAUUACUCCUUAUCAUCAAGUCUUCCUUUCUCCAAGUGAAGAAGUGAAAGACAGAAAGGAGGAAGGCUUUCCAAGUUUGAGCGAUGUCCAGCACAACAUCCAGAAGUCAGUGCGGACGCUUUGGCAGCAGCUGGUGGCACAGAGGCGACAGACACUGGAAGAUGCCUUCAAGAUUGACCUCUCUGUGAAAGCAGGGGAGAGCGAAGUGAAGAUCGAAGAGGUCACCCCACUCUGGGAGGAGACGAUGCUUAAAACCUGGCAGCAUUACUUAGCAUCUGAGAAGAAGUCACUAGCCAGUCGCUCAAGUGUCACAUACCACAGCAAAGUGACUUCGUGGAGUGGGAGUCUGUCCUCAGCCAUGAGACUGAUGCCAGGGCGGCAGGCGAAGGACCCUGAAUGCAGAGCAGAGGAUUUUGUGUCCUGUAUCGAGAAUUACAGAAGAAAAGGACAGGAGCUGUAUGCAUCUCUGUACAGAGACUAUGUGCAGGAGAGCCAAGACAGAAAAGAUGCUCUUUCUCAGACAAAUGCUGAAAACCAAGAUGAGCUGACACUGGAGGAAGCUGAGAGCAGGCCGGACGAGGUGGGGGUGGAUUGCACACAACUGACCUUCUUUCCUGCUUUGCAUGAAAGUCUGAACUCAGAAGAUUUCUUGGAAUUAUGCAAGGAAAGACAAAUCAUUUUACAAGAGCUUCUUGAUGGAGAAAAGGUGUCACAGAAGGUCCCCCUGGUGAUUGUGCAGGGCCACCUGGUCUCAGAAGGGAUCCUGCUCUUUGGCCAGCAGCACUUCUACAUCUGUGAGAACUUUACCCUGUCUCCCACAGGCGAUGUCUAUUGCACCCGCCACUGCUUAUCCAACAUCAGCGAUCCCUUCAUUUUCAACAUGUGCAGCAAAGACAGGUCCUCUGACCACUACUCCUGCCAACGCUUUGCCUACAGUGACCUCAGAGAGCUCCGGCAGGCCCGCUUUCUCCUGCAGGACAUCGCCCUGGAGAUCUUUUUCCAAAAUGGCGAUUCGAAACUCCUCGUCUUCUACAACAGCGACCGGGGUAAAGCCUUCAAAAGCUUUUGCACUUUCCAGCCCAGCUUGAAAGGAAAAGGCAACGCAGACGACCCCUUCAACCUAAGGAGAAACCCGGGCUUCGACAGGACCAUGCUGCACAAGUGGCAGAAAAGGGAGCUCAGCAAUUUUGAAUACCUCAUGUACCUCAACACCCUGGCUGGAAGGACCUACAACGACUACAUGCAAUAUCCUGUGUUUCCCUGGGUCCUUGCUGACUACACCUCAGAGAUGUUGAACUUGACAAAUCCCAAGACUUUCCGGGAUCUUUCGAAGCCAAUGGGGGCUCAGACCAAGGAAAGGAAGUUGAAAUUUACCCAGAGGUUUAAAGAAGUUGAAAAGAUUGAAGGCGACAUGACCGUCCAGUGCCAUUACUACACCCACUACUCCUCGGCCAUCAUUGUUGCUUCCUACUUGGUCCGGAUGCCACCCUUCACGCAGGCCUUCUGCUCCUUACAGGGCGGAAGCUUUGAUGUGGCUGAUAGAAUGUUCCACAGUGUGAAGAGCACGUGGGAAUCUGCCUCCAAGGAGAACAUGAGCGACGUCAGGGAGUUGACCCCUGAAUUCUUCUACCUGCCUGAGUUUCUAACCAACUGUAACGCAGUGGAGUUUGGACGCAUGCAGGAUGGAACAACCCUGGGGGACGUGCAACUCCCUCCCUGGGCUGAUGGGGACCCAAGGAAAUUCAUCAGCUUGCACAGACAGGCUCUGGAGAGCGACUUCGUCAGUGGCAACCUCCACCACUGGAUAGACCUGGUUUUCGGAUGUAAGCAACAGGGGCAGGCCGCUGUAGAGGCAGUGAACACUUUCCACCCCUACUUCUAUGGUGACCGAAUAGACCUCAACAGCAUCAGUGACCCCCUGAUCAAGAGCACUAUCCUGGGGUUCAUCAGCAACUUUGGACAGGUACCCAAGCAGAUCUUCACUAAACCUCACCCAUCCAGAAACACCCCAGGGAAGCCACCACUGCCCGGAAAGGAUGCCUCCUCCCCAGCGGGCCUUCCGGGCCACUCCCAAUCCUUCCUCCACAACCUGCCAGCACUGAAACCUUCUCAAGUCACAGUCAAAGAUAUGUACCUUUUCUCUCUAGGAUCAGAAUCCCCCAAAGGGGCCAUUGGCCACAUUGUUCCUACCGAGAAGACUAUCCUGGCGGUGGAGAAGAACAAGAUGCUGCUGCCGCCUCUCUGGAACAGGACCUUCAGCUGGGGCUUUGAUGACUUCAGUUGCUGCCUGGGGAGCUAUGGCUCUGACAAGAUCCUGAUGACGUUUGAGAACCUGGCUGCCUGGGGCCCCUGUCUGUGUGCUAUAUGCCCAUCCCCUACAAUGAUCGUCACCUCUGGGGCCAGCGCAGUGGUGUGCGUGUGGGAGCUCAGCCUGGUCAAAGGUCGCCCAAGAGGCUUGCACCUCCGGCAGGCCUUGUAUGGACACACCCAGGCUGUCACAUGUCUGACAGCCUCAGUCACCUUCAGCCUCCUGGUGAGUGGCUCCCAGGAUCGCACUUGUAUCCUCUGGGACCUGGACCACUUCUCUCGUGUGGCCUGCCUGCCUGUCCACCGGGAAGGGAUCUCGGCUAUUGCCAUCAGUGAUGUUUCGGGAACCAUUGUCUCCUGUGCCGGAGCCCAUUUGUCCUUGUGGGAUGUCAACGGACAGCCCUUGGCCAGUAUUACCACAGCCUGGGGCCCAGAAGGAACCAUAACAUGCUGCUGCAUAGUGGAGGGGCCAGUGUGGGAUGCAAGUCACGUCAUCGUCACAGGGAGUAAGGAUGGUAUGGUUCGGAUCUGGAAGACAGAGGACGUGAAGAUGUCUGUUCCUAGGAAGGCAGUGACAGAAGAGCCCUCUACUGAGCCCCUAAGCCCCAGAGGGCACAAGUGGGCCAAGAACCUUGCCCUGAGCAGAGAGCUGGAUGUCAGUGCUGCUUUGAGUGGCAAGCCUAGCAAGACAAGCCCUGCUGUGACAGCUUUGGCCAUAACUAGAAACCAGACCAAGCUCUUGGUUGGCGACGAGAAGGGAAGGAUCUUCUGCUGGUCAGCUGAUGGGUAGGAGCACACGAAUGCCGAAGGCCCUGGCAUUGAAGCUGGGUGUCUCAGGGCCUGCAGCGGCAGGCUGCUGGCAUCCAGAUGAUGUGUCGCCUGGGCCCUAUACCCAGAGCAAGCUUUUUUGGGGGGCUCUCCUCCCACAGUUCUCAAGGACACCUGACGAUUUGCACUGUAUACCCCAAACAUCUCUGGGGUCCACAAGACUUCUGUAUGAGGAUGCUGGUAGACAUUCCUGUGGAAACUGACCAGCUGGUGACAAAUUGUGCAGGAAAUCGAUGUGUGACUUAUCUACCAAGGCUUACUGUGCUAGAAAAGAAAGGGGUGGGUAUUGGCUCAUGGAAGCCAUCCUGCUGUCUAUUUUAU